AUGGAGAAGUUUAGCCAGUUCCGCGACAAAGGCUCGGGCAUCUCGCCAUUCAUCCCCGUCAAGACAGGCCUCUCCCCCGUCUCCUCCGUCUUCCACGCCUUCCUCUUCCUCGUUCGCCUCCCCAUCUUCAUCACCUAUGUCGUCGCCUACUUUCUCUUCCUCCAGCACCUCCCCUUCUUGCCCGUCGCCGUCCGGAAGGUCCUGCUUUGGGGCAUGAUGGGCAUCCCCGGUAUAUGGUGGGUCGAUCUCCAGCUCGACGGCGUCCGUCGGGGCACCCUCGCCGAGCAGCCCCCGCAGCGCUUUCCGCACCCCGGCUCCGUCAUCGCCUCCAACUUCACCUCCCCCAUCGACGCCAUCUACCUCGCCGCCAUCUUCGACCCCAUCUUCACCAUCUCCUACCCCAACACCCGUUCCGUCGAGCAAAUCUCCCUCCUCCGCGCCGUCUGCCACGCCUUCUCUCCCGUCCGCUUCGCCCCCCGCCCGGGCGCUCGCCUCACCGACCUCGCCGCCCUCCAGCGCAAGUACCCAGACCGCGUCGUCGCCGUCUUCCCCGAGGGCUGCACCACUAACGGCAAGGGCGUCCUCCCAUUCACCCCAUCCCUCCUCGCCGUCGAUCCCGAAGUCCACAUCUUCCCCGUCAGCAUCCGCUACACUCCCGCCGACGUCACGACCCCCGUCCCUGGCCUCUGGUUCAAGUUCCUCUGGGACCUGCUCUCCCGCCCGACGACCUGCAUCCGCGUCCGCGUCGCCGAGAGCAUCCUCAACUCCUCCGCCGCCCAGGCCAACGGCGUCUCGUCGUCUGUCGCCGAUGGAGGCGCCACGCACCGCCUGGCCGCGGGCGGGGCCGACUACGCGCUCUCGAUCGAGGAACAACGGGUGCUAGAUAAGGUUGGCGAGGCGCUGGCCAGGCUAUGCCGGAACAAGCGCGUUGGCCUGACGUUGCGGGACAAGGAGGCCUUCAUCGAGGCCUGGAACGGCCGCAAGUAG